GAGGUGACACGGAUGAAGACAUCGGGCGGGUGAAUUCCGAAGACGAAGUUUGCAUCGGUUUCCAAAGGCGACACAAGCGCUGCAUCUGUGUCGCUAUGUCGAAUGAAGACCACCACGGUUGGAAGAGAAUGUACUUGCACGGUAAGCACCUUCCUUCCGGUGACGAGCAUGAGAAGCUGGAUGAUUGGCUCGACUUCAGGCAGCUGCCUGGACUUGGGAUCAAUGCCAUGCCGAGUACGUCACUGCAGAAUGUCCAGUUCAGCUUGGACGUGGCGUGA